GUGAAACUUCCGCCAAUUUAAGAUAGACCAGUAUUAAUCAUAUCGUAGCUAAUCUCAGUUGCUAUGCCAGACGACCUAGACAGAAGACAUCAAGAUAUAAGAAUGAGUGUGUUCCUUGAAGCAAGAAGUCUCUACAUACCACACGAGAACAAUCCUCGGCAUUGGAUCUGGACUUGGGACUCCGGACAUGAGGUUGUAGAACUUCAGAAUGUUUGCUGGCUGGAGAUCAAAGGAAUGGUGGACACCACGUGCUUACUCAAAAUGACUUGUUACUCCGCAUACCUUGUUUUCAAACUUAAACAGAGCACACAAUGGAUCGAUACGGCACUUACCUCGGUGAGGUAUCUCAAGGAUAAGUGGAGCUAUUGUGAGAGUCGACGUUGUCAAGUGUUUUUAACAAAAAGUAAGUCUUCUAAAGAUCCUGGCCAGUUUCCAAACAUACGCCAAGAUAGAUGGAUGGAGAUUAAGCUAGGAGAGUUUUAUGUUACCUCAGGAAAUGAAGGUGAGGUCGAAAUGCGACUUUGGAAUACUGAAAACAUACAUUGGAAGUCGGGUCUCAUUGUUUGGGGGAUUGAUGUUCGACCUUGUUGAGGAAGGAAAUUUAGAGUUCGUUUAUGGGAUAACACCCAAAUCCUAGUUACUUUCUCAUAUAAGCUUUGUUUGGUAAUUAGCACUUGGCUAUAGAGGCUUUAGUGGUUUUGAUUAGCGCAAUAGAUGCUUUAGUGGUUGUUUGAGUCCCUCAUUGAUGUGCCUAGUUAGAUAUAUAUUCAAAGUUUGAUAUUCUUUUUAUUUAUAAUUCAAGUUUGUUAGUAUCAAUUACAAGCUUAAUUUGGAUUGGAAGAACUUUUAAGUUUUGAAACAACUUUUACUCGGUUUACAACUA